GAGCUGUUUGCUGAGUCGUCGCAACCUCCAGUCGCUCAGCAAGAGGCUGAAGGACAUGUGCCGGAUGUGUGGGAUCUCCGCGGCCGAUUCGCCCAGCAUCCUCAGCGCUUGCUUAGUGGCAAUGGAACCACAGGGCUCGUUUGUCAUCAUGCCAGACUCGGUGUCCACUGGCUCCGUCUUUGGGCGCAGCACCACCCUCAACAUGCAGACCUCGCAGCUGAACACGCCGCAGGACACGUCGUGCACCCACAUCCUCGUGUUUCCCACGUCUGCCUCCGUGCAAGUAGCCUCCUCCACCUACACGACGGAAACCGGUUUGGACCUGGCCUUUAAUACGAACAAUGGUUUGUGUGUGUGUGUUACGUGUGUGUUCGUUUGUGUGCUUGUGUCCGUCUCCCAGUAGUUUAGUAUCAACCUAU